AUGACUGGACGUGGUAUUAAACGAGUUUUAGCUCAAACUUCUGAUUCUGAAGAUGAAAAUAACCUAAUUACUGAAAGUAGUGGAGCUCAACAAUCACGCCAACACUCUGAUAAUAAUGACAAAAGGAGCAUCUGUUGGAGAUAUUUUAAUCCAUUUAAAGUUCCAAAACGUGGAGACAUAACAAAAUGUACUAUUGAUGGAUGUAAUAAGAAAUACACAUGGAGCGGAUCCACUUCUAACCUUGUUAAACAUCUUAAGACUAAACAUAGUAUACCAUCCACAACAGCUAUUCAGUCAUCCCUAAUAAACAAUAGCUUUAGAAACUUUGAAAUUUAUCUACCAGUAAUUAAAUUUAUUGCUUCCUCCAUAUUGCCUUUUGAUAUUGUUGACAAUUUAAAGUCUUCUGGACUUGUUCACUCACAAAUUACUCCUAGCAUUAUAGCAAAUCAAAUAUCUCAAGUAUAUAAUUACUUAUUCUCUCAAUUGAAGUCAAAAGUUCAACAAGCAAAGUCUGCUAUGCUUUCAAUUAGCGUGGUUUUUAUUAAUGAUGAAGAUAUUUAUGAAGAUGCUUAUAUUAUAACCGCUUGUAAUUGGUUAACUGAGGACUUUGUAUUUCAUAAAAUCUUUAUGCAUAUGCAUAUUUAUGAUUACUUUCUUGAUGAUCUUGCACCUAUUGAGGAUUUUGUUAAAUGGGCAGAAAAAAAUACCAAUGUUCAAGAAAUCUCUGAUAUUAUCACUGCUAUUUUCAAUGCUACUCAAUGCCUUUGUUCAGUAGUAGAGUUUUUAAAUGAUGAAAGGACUCUAAGAACAAUGAAUCAUAUCCAAAAUAUGAAAAAAAUUAGUUGUAAGUGCUAUUAUCAUAAAAUAGAGUUUCUUACAUUAAUGGAGAAGCCUUUCAAGCUAUUAAUUAAUAAUCAUAGUAAUAACGAUAAUUUUAUUAGAGAAAGAAUAGAUCAGUUUAAAGACCUUUUAUUAGAUAAAUUACCAUUUAGUAUGUUUACCAAAUUAUUACAAUUGUUUAAACCUUUGGAACAUGUCAAAGUUGUUACCAUGAGAAAUAUUAGGAAUUUGUUACUCAAUGCAUUUAAUAUUUUGAACGAGACUUCGUCGGCGCAAAUAAGUUAUCUGAUCUAUUUUGAAGGCAUGGUCCUCAUAUCGUUUCUAAGAUUUUUAAUUUAUUCAUAUCUGAAUCUCCAUCAAAGAGUAGGUAUAUUUUUAGAUCCAUAUUCGAAAUCAAUUUUCACUAAUGAUGCAGAGGUUAAAAAGCUUGUGCUAGAUGAAUUACAAGACUAUUAUUCAAACAUUGAUAAUUCUUUUGGCAAUAAAUCGAAUGAAUCAAUACAAUACUUAGUAAAUUAUGAAUUGGAUAGUUAUAGUAACCUUCCACAAUUUGUCUGCAAUGAAAACGAUGACACGUGUAAAUGGUGGCAAAAUUCAAAACAUAGGUUCCCUGGGCUAGCUACUCUUGCAAUAAAAUAUUUACCUUUACUAGGGUUAGAUGAUAAUGAUGUUCCCUUAAAAGAAAUUAAAAAAGUUCUAAAAGUUUAUGAAGGCGAUAAGACUCUCUGCAGCGUAUCAGUGCCGGGUGCCUGGAAAAUUAUCGGGACUUUGCAAAAGGAAGCGACUACAUUUGAUAUAACGACCAGAACAGGGGUCUGCACCCUUGUGCCGAAGAAACGAAAGAUGACAAGUACAAAAAGAGAAAAGAAUGAAGCAAAACAUGCAAAAAUACAUAAUACUAGAUCUGCAACUAGAGGUUCAGAAAAUGAGGACCCGAAUCCUACGAUCAACCAAGAAAAGGCGAAGGUUUCUGAUAGCUGUUUGAAAGAGACCUUAAAUGAUGCAACAAGAUGCAAUAAUAAUUGGGCAGAGGAUGUAGAAGUCAUGUAUAAAAAGAGAUUAGCUCAACUAAACACAACUCAGAACACGACUCUCAUAGCAAGCGAGGAUACGGAAAAUUCUAUAGUUACACAAUUGGAAAGUUCUGAAGUGAAGUUGGAUCAACUAAUAAAUGAAACUGAUUCAGGUGACUGUGAAACAUCUUCAGAAGCAGACUUAGAAUCUCUCCAAAAAGAGGAUGGAGAAGGAAACAAGUCUCUGGAAAAGCAGGCACCCACAAGGCAAUGGUCUGACCUUUUUACUAGAAUGCAUAAAGGGAAAGCUACCUAUUCAUCUAUGGAUACAGAUAAUCAUCUACACCAAGAGUUGAAUAAUAUGAAGGAAACUCAGAAAUUAAUCUCUGAAAUACCCAGUAACAUAACCUCAGUAGUUAUAGAGGAGGAGACCGUAGAGGAAACUGCACCUAGAAAACCAAGUUAUGAGAAGAUCCAGGAAAUGCAAAUGCAAGAAAAUAGAAUAAAUCAAUAUACACAAGUGGAAGAUCAGGAGAUGAUAGAAGCUUGUUGCAAUGACCACGAAGGAGUUCAGGGAAAGUACAUUACAUCUGAAGAAGGAUUUAAAUUAGUAGCACAUAAAAAGAAAAAAAUAAAAGCACCAUCAGCAGUUAAUUUACACAAUAUUAGGUCCAAUCCAUAUAAGAAGGAGUGA